AUGUAUGUCGCAGCUGUCCCACUGCCAAGACAAACAGCGACAACACUAUCCGGCAUCGCGCCAUCGGGGGACAAGGCGGCGCUGCUCGGGGCGGCGGCGUCUCGGGUGCGCACCGGCGGCCGCGUGCUCGGUGCGCCGCUGCCUGAGACGGAGAGGACGCGCGAGCUCGACAACGAGGGCGUGCUGCAGCUGCAGAAGCAGAUGAUGGGCGAGCAGGACCAGCAGGUCGAGGCCCUCGGCGCCAUCAUCCGCCGCCAGAAGGAGAUGGGCCUGCAGAUCAACGAGGAGAUCGAGGCGACGACCGACAUGCUCGACCGCAUGAACGAGGACGUCGACCGCGUCGGCGGCAAGGUGCGCGUCGCCAAGAACCGCAUCAAGAAGCUCUGA